AGUGAUUUCCUUCUUCGGGAGAAAAUGGUGGGAUCAAGUAUGCAUCAAGUCAAGACCGGGCUCAGCUUUCUGCGUCAGCGAGCCUUUGUUCGAUUCUGCUCUGGAUACACUUCAGCCGCGAACGCUUUGACGGACAGAAAGGAAGUCGUUCCGAACGCUGCUAUUGCAUUCAAUGCCGAAAAGGGGCGACAGUGGUCGUUGAUUUCUCGCAUUGAAAAGGUUCAAGUUCGGUUCAAAGGGAUACCCAAGGAUUGCACCAUGUUGAUGAACAAGCUCCAGUCGACCCCUUUUGAUUGUGCAAAGCAUUUGUCGGAGAAUUGGAUGAAGCGGGCUGCGAUUGCGGAGGUUGAUGGGAAACCAUGGGAUAUGCAUAGGCCACUGGAGAGCGAUUGUGAGCUGAGACUUAUCAGUUUGGAUGCUCCUGAUGCAGCGCUGACUGAAGCAAACGCGGCAUUCUGGCGAUCAUGUGCCAUGAUGCUUGGCGCUGUUGCGAGUUCUUCCUUCAAGUCGGAGAUCCGAUCAUUUCCCUACUCCUUCCCGCCACCGAAUGUUCGUUCCGGGAGCUUCGUUUACGAUGUCGUCCUCGAGGGACUUGAAUCGUGGUCCCCAUCCAAGGACGAAUUGCGUCUCAUGUCGACGCAAAUGGUGAAGUUGGCUGGAAAGAACUUCCCAUUCGAAUUCCUGAGAGUUACCGCUGAAAGAGCCCAGGAAAUCAUGAGGGACAAUCCUUUCAAGGUGGCUCAACUCCCGUCUAUUGCCGCGGCGAACAAUGGUCAGGUUACGCUGUACAAGGUUGGUAAUUACGUCGAUAUCAGUAAAGGACCAAUGAUCGGAAGAACUGGUCAGUUGGGAAGAUGUACGGUGACUGCUGUUCGGAAGCAUGAAAUUGAAGGAGGCCCGAGUUUGUACAGGUUCCAGGGUGUCGCUUUACCCUCGAACAUAAUGUUGAACCAUUUCGCCUACGGGUUGAUCGAGGAACGUGGCCGGAAAUUGAAUCCCGCCAAGAUGCCUACCGCUGUUCCUUCGCUGUCGUGAAAAGGGUGUUCAGCUUUGUUUAUUGCAUAUUCGUGAGUGGAAGAAAAAGGAAUACAUGACGCGAAGUCGGUUUUUUUUUUCUUUCAAGAAGUUUGCUUCAGUCAAUUUGUGGUCGCGCGGCUGAGUCAGUUGUUUUGGUCGGUAUACUGUACAGUAUUUACUGGCGUAACACGCCCAUUUUUUGCGAAAAACAUUGAGAAGGAAAAAUUUCGUGCGCAUCAUACUCGAGUCACUUGGCAGAAACUGUUGGUCUAAACUGCAAAAUGCAGUUGUUCAAAAAUACUGCGGAUAAAAAUGUGGAAAUAUCCUUGAAUAAAGUUGAAAGUAAUUAUUUUUCGAUUCAUUUUCCAUUCGAAAGGAACAUACUGUAUAUUUGAGACUAACGUAAGAUGUUUAAAGACAGAACUCGUGUUUUUAGCGUGUAAAUUUUUGUUUAUCUCCGAAAUCAGGGAAAAGUGAGACAAGCUUCUUACGCAGGGUUGGACUUUUUGUAUUUUUUAAAUCAUAGUGAGUGUCUUACUUGAACGCGUGUGGUACUUCAAGUGUCUCUUUUGAAAUCAACUGCGAAUCUGUUGUAGUGUUCGUCCUGUUGGCUGUUGCAUUGAAGAGCAGUUUUAAAAAGUUGCCUCAAGUGUUGAAGUAACUAAAUUCGAUGAUAAAUUUUGAACCUUUUGUGCCUGCAUUUCUCUCAUAACCUCGAUCUCUUUCUGUACAAAAUGUUCAUAUAAAUUUAGAUGGUCGACUACUCGAAGUAAAUCACUGUACGGUA